AAAAAAUUAUAACCAAUAUAAUUAUUUAAUGUUUUAUCUUUAAUAUGUCUAUUUUUGAGAGUUUAUAUAGUUUUCUAAACAGUGAUAGUGUAUUUGAAUGGAGGUGGCCGAAAGUUUCUGCGGUAUCUUAUGAAAGAAAACCAUGUGUACGGGAAGAUGGAUCGAUGGGCGAGCACGUGAUCUGCUUCGAGAAUGGACGGGAGGUGGACUGUCCCGACGGCUACGAUGACGAUGGCGAUGGCGGCAGUGGUAGCCGUGGCGGUGGCUUUGGGAUUGCCUUCUGGAGCUUUUCAGAUUCUAAGAUGGGUUCCAGCCCUCCUCCCUACUAUGCCGAUCUUGGCAAGAAGGCCAAUGAUGUAUUCGGCAAGGGUUACCACUUCGGAGUGUUCAAACUUGACCUGAAGACCAAGAGUGAGUCUGGUGUUGAGUUCACCAGCGGCAUCACCUCCAACCAGGAGAGUGGAAAGGUGUUUGGCAGCCUUUCGUCCAAAUUCGCCGUGAAGGACUAUGGCCUGACAUUCACAGAGAAGUGGAACACGGAUAACACACUCGCCACUGACAUCACAAUUCAGGACAAGAUCGCCGCUGGUCUCAAGGUUACUCUGGAAGGAACCUUCGCCCCACAGACCGGGAGCAAGACCGGUAAACUAAAGUCGUCGUUCGCGAACGAAACUGUGGCCAUCAACACCAACGUGGACCUAGACCUGGCCGGACCCAUCGUGGACGUGGCCGCUGUCCUCAAAUACCAGGGCUGGCUCGCCGGCGCGCUCACGCAGUUCGACUCGCAGAAGGCCAAGUUCGCCAAGAACAACUUCGCCUUCGGAUACCAGACUGGAGACUUCAACCUACACACCAAUGUCGACAACGGCAAGGACUUCGGUGGCUCCAUCUACCAGAAGGUGUCGGACAAGCUGGACUGCGGCGUCAGCAUGAAAUGGUCGGCGGGCUCGGCCGACACGCUGUUCGGCGUGGGCGCCAAGUUCGCGCUCGACGCCGACGCCUCUCUCCACGCCAAGAUCAACAACAAGUCACUCAUCGGUCUCGGCUACCAGCAGAAGUUGCGCCCUGGCGUGACCCUGACCCUCUCGGCCGCCAUCGACGGCCAGAACUUCAACGCCGGCGGCCACAAGGUCGGCGUCGCCCUCGAGCUGGAGCCCUAAACACUUGUAGAUAACACAUCUACUGUUAUAUAAUAAUAGAAAGAGUAUAGAAAGAUCAAUUUCAAUCAUAGUAUUCUCGAGUGUUGUCUGUCUGUGUAAGCGUUGAACGCGACGAUUCCUCGUUCGGAAGACCGUUCCUUCUUAGGUAUUAUGUAAGCACGCGACAUUAUUGCAUCCCUAUUGUAUUGCUAUAUAAUUUUAUUGUGCAAAUUACGUGAUCCGUAAGUCCGUUAUGUCUUGUAAAUAAGCACCUAUGGUGUUGCCCUUAUAUUGAUUGUGAAUUAAAAGAAUAGUCUGUUGGAAUCACCA